CCCCUACCUCAAGGCCUUCUCACACACACACACACACACACACACACACACACACACGGCAGCUGAUGACAGAGUCAGGGUUCCCGUCACCAUCACCAUCUUCUGCCCCAUACACUGGGCGACUGAGUCACACUGGGCUGGUCCUUACUUGGGGCCAGGUUCCCUGUGCAGGUCUCCAGUCUUUCAGCCCUUCUCUGAUGGGUCACUAACUUGGAUCCAAAGAUCAGAGCCACAGAGCAUGUCCAAGCUGCUCCUCCUGUCACUUGCCCUCUGGGCCAGCUGCUCCCCUGAUAACACUGGGACAGCUCUAGUGGCUCUGAGCCAGCCCAGAGUGCGAUGCCACGCUUCUCGGUACCCCGUGGCCGUGGACUGCUCCUGGACACCGCUCCAGGCUCCCAACUCCACCAGAGCCAUGUCCUUCAUUGCCACUUACAGGCUCGGCGUGACCACCCAACAGCAGAGCCAGCCCUGCCUACAACGGACGCCCCAGGCCUCCCAAUGCACCAUCCCCCAUGUGCACCUGUUCUCCACAGUGCCCUAUGUGCUAAAUGUCACUGCAGUGCACCCUGGCGGUGCCAGCAGCAGCCUCCUAGCCUUUGUGGCUGAACAAAUCAUCAAGCCCGACCCUCCGGAAAGCGUGCGCCUGCGCACAGCGGGGCACCGCCUGCAGGUGCUUUGGCAUCCCCCUGCUUCCUGGCCCUUCCCGGACGUCUUCUCUCUCAAGUACCGACUCCGCUACCGGCGCCGUGGAGCCUCUCACUUCCACCAGGUGGGACCCAUUGAAGCCACCACUUUCACCCUCAGGAACGCGAAACCCCAUGCCAAGUACUGUAUCCAGGUGUCAGCCCAGGACCUCACAGAUUAUGGGAAACCAAGUGACUGGAGCCUCCCUGGGCAAGUAGAGAGGGCGCCCCAGAAGCCCUGAAGAGGGACUGGAUCCUUGAUAUCAGAGCCUGAUGUCGUCUACUUGAGGGUGGUUGAGUGGCCUGUCCUAAGUUCGAGUCCUGCCUUUGCAUGAACCGGGCUGCUCCAAAGCAUUGAAUAAUCCACGUGACCUCUCCAGACCUGUUUCCAAACCUGUAGGGUGAUCUUUCUCCUGUCAUCAGUGCAGGGCUUUGUAAGCUUUAAAUGUGAUUUAAUUAGAUUAAAUAAGAAUUAAAUAAG